AUGAAGGCGUUUGUGGGGGGGCUGGACACCAUGGUGGGCAACGCGGUGGGCUGGGCGCUCAAGCAAGUGGGGUACGAGAUAUACGGUUCGAUCAGCCGCGGGUCCGAAGGCCCGCGCUGGGCUAUGGAAACAGUGGUGCCCAACCGCGCGCCGUUCGGGGCGGACGACGCCUUCCCUGAGCUCAUCCAUCACAUCGAGGAUGCCGACAUCGUCGUGUACAACAUCCCCGGACGGGAAACGGAGACCCGCAGCGCGGUCCUGGCGUACCACAGGGCGUGUGCGGGGGCGCCUGGCGAGCCGGGCGACACGGGCGACGACUUGCGCGAGCGUGUCUUCGUCGGGGUCUCCCAUCUCGCCUCCUGGGGCGCGACGCUCCGCGCCCCGGGCGCCCCGGAGCCGGAGCCCACCCCCGAAGCGUCGCUCAGCGGUGCCGAGGCUGACGGGUCGCCGCCCGCGGACGCCGCGCCCGCGACGCGCCAGAACACGCUGGAGUCGCAGGCCGACGCGGCCGCGAUCGUCGGCGGCGGCGACGCGCCCGCGAGCGAGCUGGACGCCGCGCUGUUUGCCGAGGGCAUGCAGGACGACGCGUCGCGCGUGCUGACGUGGGAGGACGAGGAGCGCCGCGUGCCGCUGCCCGCCGCGCGCGGGCUCGUGCAGAUCGAGCGCAUGCUGGCCCGCGCGGCCAUCCCCGGGAAGCUGGCGACGUACUGCGUGUGCCCGGGCGUCCUGUACGGGAGCGGGGAGGACGACCUAGGCCUGCACCCGCUGUUCCGGAUGCUGUACGAGGACCCCGAGCGGCCCGUUCCGGUCUUCGGGCCCGGCUACAACACGGUGCCGAUGGUCCGCCUGGGCGACGUGACACGCUACGUGAUGACUCUGUGCGAGCAGCGCCCGCCGACGGACGCCCGCAUCCUCCUGCUCGCGGACCAGCAGUGCCCGACGCAGCGCGAGCUCGCCACCGCGAUCAGCCGCGCGAUGGGCUCGGGCGCCAUUGGCCCCGCGCGCAGCCUGGACGUGCUCGGCGUGCCGAUGGCCGCGGUGUUCUCGAUGCACUGCCCCGUCGAGACGACGUACCUCGGCGACGACUACCACCCGGAGCUCGACGGCGACGAGCACCCGCUCGCGGCCUCCACGCAGUACCUGGUCGGCGAGUACCGCGAGGCGCGCAACCUGCAGCCGAUGCGCGUGCUGGUGACCGGGCCGCCGUGCGCGGGCAAGACGCUGCUGUCGUCCGCGCUCUCCGCGAUCCUCGGCGUCCCGCGGUACGCCUCCGCGGAGGUCGGCAAGUCGUGGGAGGAGCUCCCGGAGGACGACCCGCUGCGCGCGCUGGCGGCGGCGAGCAAGGGCGGGCGGCACGCCGACGACGUCAUGGCCGCGCUGUACCGCCUGAAGAUGUUCUCGUCGGUCUCGCGGCACCGCGGCUGGGUCCUCGACGGCUGGCCGAAGACCCUGGCGCAGGCAAAGGAGGUGUUCACGAAGGCGGUGCCGCCGACGGAGGCCGAGGCGGAGGCGGAGAAGGGCAAGGGCGGCAAGGGCAAGCCCGCCGCGCCGCAGCGCGAGCACGACCCGGAGGCGAUCCCCACGGCCGUGGUGGUGCUCAAGUGCGACGACGACACGUUCGCGCACCGCGCGGCGGCGCUGGAGCAGCAGGAGCGCGAGGAGGCGGAGCGCGCGAAGGCGGAAGGGUCCGCGGCGCCGGCCGCGACGCACAACAACGUCAAGGACGCGACGCGGCGGCGCAACGAGCUGCAGAAGGUGCGCGACGCCGAGGCCAAGGAGCUGGGCGAGCGCGUCAAGGCGUGGGACGCGGUGUGGGCGGACGUGGAGCGGCGGCGCGUGGAGGCGCUCGAGGCCCUCGGGCUCGACAAGGACGGCAUGCCGCUCGCGGGCCACGACAGCGGGCACGCCAAGGACAAGGACAAGGGCGCCAAGGCGAUGAAGAAGAUGCCGAGCAAGCGCGCGUCGCAGCUGGCGAUGAAGCUGGACAUGGACGGCGCGGCGAACCUCCGGUCCGCGGCCGAGGUCAUGGCGUGGGUGGCCGAGCAGGCCGCACGCGUGGGCCCACGCCCGCAGUACGGCGGCGUGCUGGGCUACCUCGAGGAGAAGGGCGUGCCCAUCAUCGAGUUCGACACCUCGAUCGUGCUCCCGCCGGAGCCCGAGGCCCCGCGCACCACCGAGGACCUCGACGAGCCGGCCUCGAGCGGGCGCGCGAAGCCCCCCGCCAAGCCCGCCAAGCCCGCCAAGCUCGACCCGGAGGAGGAGGCGGCUCUGGCGGCGCGGCGCGUGGCCGUGGACGUGGAGAUGGCGCCGGGGCUGGUCGAGCGCGCGCUGAGGGAGCUGGGGCCUGCGCGGAACUACGAGGGCUACCCCGAGAUGUACCAGCGGCGGGGGGCGCGCGGGGUGCUGCGGCGGCUGGCGCUGCCGACGCCGAUCGGGUGCCGCGCGCUCGGGCGGGACGAGGGGCCCAAGGAGGUCGAGGCCGACGAGGACGAGGAGCCGACGCACGAGGAGAUCGAGGCGCAGAAGCUCGCGGAGAGGGCGGCGAAGUGGGAGGCGGCGCUGGAGCUCGCGGAGAUGGAGGCGCGCGCGGACGCGGAGGCGGCGCCCCUGCGGUCGCUCGGCGGGCACGGCCACCGCCUGACGCAGUACCUGCUGGACGACGUCAUGCCGUCCAUCACGUCAGCGCUCCUGGGCAUCAAGGACCCGUCGUCCGAGGUGCCCGCGGAGCCGCUGCUGUACAUGGCGCGCUGGAUGCAGAGCGGCGCGGACGAGCGCGCGCAGGAGAACAUCGACCCGUACGCGUCGCCGCUCUACUCGCUCCAGCACGCCAAGCAGGCGCAGGCGCUCGCCAGCAUGAUCGCGAGCGGGGCCGGGAGCAGCGGCAGGCAGGGCGGGCCGGCCGUGAAGCGCUGA